AUGUAUCUUGCUUCCAAACUCAACUCCGAUCGAGAUACGCUCCACACUCUCUGCAAGACUCUCAAGCUCGGACGGAACACCCCUGACAACGUCAUUCGCGACGUCAACAAUCCUCUGGCCGGCAAACCAGCGCCGCAGAUCGUGCAGCUGGCCGGAAACGAUGUGCAGCAGCUCGUAGAGGCCGCAAGGAAGGUGGCACCCUUCGCGGACGCAAUCGAUCUGAACCUAGGCUGCCCGCAAAAGCAUGCUGAGGAGGGUCACUACGGCGCCUAUCUAUUGCCCAAACAGAACUGGCCCCUUCUCGCAGAGAUCGUGUCGAGUCUGGCACAGGCUGUAGAUGUGCCCAUCACCACCAAGAUCCGAUUGACGGUCCCAAAGGAGCAGACUCCGGAGCUUGCUGUGGUGCUGGCGCGCGCGGGAAGCAGUCUCGUCACUGUCCACCCACGGUUUGCUUCGUCCGUUCGACGAAGGAAAGGCCUGGCGGACCUCGAUCAAGUGAUUAGAGUGCGAGAAGCUCUGCAGGUUGAAGGACUGCUUCGAAGCGGCGAUCGACCGCAUGGCGACACCGCAGUAGUCAGCAAUGGCAACGUCCGAUGCUGGUCCGACGUCGUCACGAAUCUCUCCCUAACGGGUGCAAGCGGCGUCAUGGUAGGCGAGACGCUACUGGAGAAUCCAGCGCUGUUUCGUCCUUCCCUACCAGAGGCGUAUGAAGAUGGACACUUCUGGGAACGGUCAUCCCGCGCAAUGGCUGAAGAGUACAUCGAUCUCCGCUACCAGUAUGAUGCCUUUGAAACGCCCUUCAAAGUCGUGAGGCAGCAUCUGCAGUCGAUUCUCUGCUCCAUCCCGCACAACAUCGACCCGGAGGCCUUGGCGGAACAGCACCGGUACGCGGCAGACACGAAAAGGGUCAUCGCAGCCAUCAGGACCGAACAAGCCCUCGCCAAGUUUCGGUAUUGCUGA